UUAAAUUUAUACUUCAUAUCGAAAUGCUAAAUUCAAAGAAAAAGAAUAAAUAGUAAAAAAAAAACAACAACUUAAUUAAUAUAAAAUAAUAAUAACAAUUAUUAUUCUAUCAAUAUUUCAAGUUGGUAAAAUUAAAUAUAAGUUCAAUGACGAUUUUGUUACGAAAGUGUUAGCAGAGUAUUUUAUUAUUAAGGUGAAAGCCUUAAAAUUAGCUGAUCAACAUGGACCCGGCUUUACUAAGAGAACGGGAAUUGUUCAAAUUAAAAGCAUCGGCCAUACCUGUAGUGGAAAAAAGGCAAAAAGAUGACAGUAACAAAGACGAGUUUAAAAAAAAAUCCAAACCUUUACCACCAAUGCCUAGGCCACCAUCGCCUCCAAAUACGUCCAAUUCUAUGAAUUAUAAAACAUUUGGUCAGAGUUCUCAGUACAAAUUUGGAGUACUUACUAAAAUAGUUAAGUAUAUUAAAGGCAGUCAUCAAAAUGGGGAUGAUCAUCCAUUGACAUUAGAUGAACUUUUAGAUGAAACUAAUCAAUUGGAUGUAGGAUCAAAAGUUAAAUCGUGGUUGGAAACUGAAGCAUUGCCAAGCAACCCCAAGAUAGAGCGGACACCUGAUGGAAAAUAUCUGUUCAAGCCUCCUUAUAGACUUAAAGAUCGAAAAGCUUUAUUGAAAUUAUUAAAACAACAGGAUUUAAAAGGAUUAGGAGGAAUUAUGUUAGAUGAUGUUCAAGAAUCUUUGCCUAAUUGUGAAAAAGCAUUAAAGCAAUUGCAAAAUGAAAUACUAUAUGUAUCUCGACCAGGAGAUAAGAAAAAGGUGAUUUUUUAUAAUGACAAAUCUGCAACUAUAGAUAUAAAUGAAGAAUUCAAAAAAAUGUGGAGAAGCAUUGCAGUUGAUAAUAUGGAUGACGAAAAAAUUGAAGAACAUCUAGAAAAACAGGGUAUAAGUUCCAUGCAAGAUAAUGGUGUUAAGAAAGUAAACCAUGUUAAGCGGAAAAAACCAGUCACAAAGAAAAGAAUAUAUAAAAGACCAAGAGACAAUGAACAUUUAAAGAACGUUUUGGAAGAUUACGAUACUCUUUAAAUUUAAGAUAAAUAUUUAUAU